AUGUCGUCCGCCCCUCCGCGCCCGCCGGUCCCGCGGCCACCCAGGAUGAAGAAGGAGGAGUCGUUCCUGGGCAAGCUGGGGGGCACGCUGUCCCGGAAGAAGCGGGCCAAGGAGGUGAGCGACCUGCAGGAAGAAGGCCGGAAUGCCAUCAACUCACCGCUGUCUCUGAUCUUGGUGGGCCUUCACCCCGAGGACACCCAGCUAGAGGAGAAUGAGGAGCGGACCAUGAUCAACCCCGCCUCCAAGGAAAGCCCCAAGUUCAAGGAACUGGUCAAGGUCCUCGUCGACUGGGUCAACAAGGUGCUGGAGGAGGAGCGGAUCAUCGUGAGGAACCUGGAGGAUGACCUCUACGACGGCCAGGUGCUGCAGAAGCUCCUGGAGAGGCUGUCCGAACACAAGCUGGACGUGGCCGAGAUGACCCUGUCCGAGGCCGGCCAGAAGCAGAAGCUGCAGACUGUCCUGGAGGCGGUGCACAAGCUGCUGCAGCCCCACGGCUGGGCGAUCCGCUGGAGUGUGGACACAAUUCACGGGAAGUACCUGGUGUCCAUUCUUCAUCUGCUCAUCGCCCUGGCCAUGCACUUCCGGGCCCCCAUCCGGUUUCCCGACUACGUGUCUGUGCAGGUGGUGAUCGUGAGGCUGGGCAAUGGUCCCCAGUGCUUGGCUGACGGUGCUGCCUCUCUCUCUGCUCUCGUUUACAGGAUGAUGAUGGGCCGGUUCGAGCGGGAUGCCUUCGACACCCUCUUUGACCAUGCCCCGGACAAGCUCAGCGUGAUGAAGAAGUCUCUCAUCACGUUCGUGAAUAAGCACCUCAACAAGCUCAAUUUGGAAGUGACUUCGCUAGAAAGCCAGUUUGCAGAUGGUGUCUACCUGGUUCUGCUCAUGGGCCUGCUGGAAGGCUACUUCGUCCCUCUGCACAGCUUCUACCUGACCCCAGAGAGCUUCGACCAGAAGGUCCACAACGUGGCAUUCGCCUUUGGGCUGAUGGAGGACGGGGGCCUCCAGAAACCCAAGUCGCGUCCGGAAGAUGUGGUGAAUCUGAACGGCAAGUCCACCCUGAGGGUCCUGUACAACCUGCUCACCAAGUACAAGGACGUCGAGGAGUGAUGGACGGCAGGGACGCCUCAAGGACCGUGUCCCCAAAGGAGACUGUGGGAUGUCCUGGGCUCCCCGCAUCCAGGCUGUGCGAUCCCCUUCCUUGCCCCUCCACCCACGUCCACCACAGCUUGCUACUUGUUCUUUCCCUCCUCCCCUCUAAGCCCUCCGAGGGGAAGCGCCUUUGAACAUGUAAGAAGCAGAGCCGCAGCCUCCCUGGUGCCAGUCCGUUGUCGGCUGCUCUGAUCAAAAGAUGAACCGAACAAAACAAGCCCACACCGCCCAGCCCAUCAGAGGCAGCGCUUCCCUGAGUUCUGCUCCUUGGAGCUAUGAGUGAUCACAGGUGCAAGAACCGCUUUGCAGGGCUUGCGAGGAGAGUCCAGGGCUGGGGGGCCGGGGCGGGCGGGCAAGGGGCUUUCCUAGCUUGCAGAAUCCUUCGAAGCGAAACCUUUUCCGUGAUGUCCUGCUCUUUGCAUUUCUGAAAACACCUCGACACGCAGCACAAGUGUCCUCCUGGGCCCCCCACCUACACCCCUCGCUUCUUGCCCCCUCAGGGUACACUGGCUAGGACUCGAGGCUGGGGGCUCGACUGAAUGAAGGACAAAGAUGGAAGUGUUUAGGGUCCACCGCCCCCGCACCCCCAACCCACACACACACUGUGGGAAAGCUGCUCACCCUGCCCGCCACCCCAAGAAAACACCGGGGAAUAAUGCACCGCAGGCCAGCAGGCCUUCAGUGCACCCCAAAACCCGAGAGCACAGUGUGGCUGCCAAGCUGGGAGUGCCUUGGGCUGAACAAACACCGCAGACUUCGAUCCGGCAUCCCUUGUGUCUUGCUGAGGCCAAGGGGGCAGGGACAGAGCUGGAUCUAAAGGUGUCCUUCCGUUCCUGCUGCUGGGAGCCUCCUGGGCUCCCGCUGACCCCACGCGCAGGGCAGGACUGUCCCCCCACAGGGCCCCUCAGCUCUGACUGCAGCAGCAGCUCGCCAGGCCGAGGGUCCUGAUGCUCCUCCGUGUGGGUCUGAGCCACCAGCCUCUAGGCUAGUGCCCAAGCGCUGAGCCCUCUGCGCCACCCGGAGGCUUACACAUGUCAUUCUUUAGCAGUCAGGGUCCAAAACUGGUAUCCCGGAGCUGCAGCUCGCCCAGGUCUGGGUGGGGACCCUCUAGGGAGAUGCUGA